CGCCGCCGCGUUCACGACGUGUCAUCACGGACAGUGACCGAGCUGCGGCCACCUCCAGAGCUGGCAUUCUCAUUGCCAAAGUGCCAGCAUGUAUAGCCGACGACGACACCACAGUCGGUCUCUGAAUCCGUCGGAGCGCACUAGGCGGCUCCAACUGAAAGACAGUGAGUUUCGAGAGGGAGCCAGAGCGCACUCACGGCGUCCUGUGCCUCGCCUUGGACACGUUGCCCCUGCCGCAAAUGAAGAUUAUCAGACCUUGACCCCCAGUCACGUCUAUCGCUGUGAUGUAUUUCCAGUCUUCUGUUCCCUCAGAUUGAUGACCUCAGCAAACGGUGCCAUAGGUUUCCCCUGGUUGUCUCCGUCCCAUUAAGGACCGCCACCCUGAUUCUGCUAUAUAGCUCUCGGCCUGAGCUUCUCUGUCCUCUUCUGCUUGGACGUCGCUCUUGCUCACUCAAAGCUCACACGCGCCGCACGCUUUGAAGUCGACCCCGCCCAGCAGUCACCAUCCAUCAUCAUGACAGAGUACACCACCUCUUCCGAAGCCAUCCGCGAGUAUCUCACGGCGCGUGAGCGGACUGCGCGGUGGGUGAAGCGGCACUAUGGUUACGAGCAUGACGUUCUGUCACCCUCUGUUCCGCCUUCGAUUAUCAGCGACUCAGAUGCUCCGAGCUACGGGCCCAGCGACUCGGAGGAGAGUAGCAAUUCGCUCCCUCCGCGCAUGAUCCUGCGUUGGAACGACGGAAGACCAGAUAUCCCCAUCUCCCGCAGCUCUAACUACGCCCGCUCGAGGUCGCAGUCGCACCCGCACCCGUACUCGCGACGAGACGAGUCGCCGGACUCACCCCAACGUUUGCCGCGUCAUAGCAAUUUUCACCCAAGCGCGGGUUCACACCAUCCACCUGCAGCGCUCGCACCGUCAGCGCACUCACGGCAUGCACAAACACUCGCGUCGGCCCCCUUCCAGGGCCCGACUGUCGAGUCUGACGAUACCCCGCCUCCUUCCCCCGAGCACAUUGUUAUUCUACCCUCUCCUCAGGACGAGGAUCCACCACAAGUGCUGGGGGCCGUGCCUUCCCACGGUUCACAGUCUCACCAUGGGCCUCAACACUCGUUGCGAGCCCACUCUGUACACCACCCACAGCCCACAGCGGCCAACGGGGCGUACCCACCGCCGCCAUCACAUCACCCUACUAUACACGCGCCGAGUCCGCGUCGCGCUUACAACCCCUCGGACCACUCACACGUAUCCCGGCAUGCUACACAUUCGCCGGCGAUGCAACACUCGCAGUCACAACCACUGCCCGUCGCCCACGGCGGCACCUACCCGUCGCGUUCGGGCACCGCACAGCCAUACAGCCCACCGCAGAUCGUCUACGCGCCGUCCUCGAAACACGGCGGCCCACAGUACGCGCCGCCACAGAUCGUGUACGCGCCGGCGGCACACACACAGGCGCCCCACACGCGCGGCGCGCCCUCGAUAACGUACAGCCAGAGCGCGCCGCUCCCACAGGCGUACCAGCACUCGCGCCACGGCAGGACCACCGCGCCGCCGGGUCCCCACGUCGUCGGGCAGGAGCACCAACACGAGCCACCACCACCGCCGGGACGAGAGCCGCCGCGGACGGUCGCCCACGCGUUCGGAGAGCGACACAUCGGGGAGCACGUACUACGUCCUGCCCACCGCGGGCCAGAAGGUGCAGAUCAUCCCCCCCAGCGGAGCCCCGUCACUCCGGACCGCGACAUCGGCGACGAAGGCGUCGCAGCACUCGCCCCACUCGCCGCACGACGCCAAGAGGCCGUUCUUCCAACGCAUCUUCCACAUCCCGAAGCUCGCGUCGUCUUCGGCGGGUUCGACGGGUUCUGGCAACCGGAAGCUGCACAGGCGGCAUACCCUUCAAGUUGGGGCACAUGCACUCGGCGAACAUGGCGACCGUUAGCCGUUUCGCAAAAUCCCCGCAAGUUCUACUAGUCAGAUGGCUGCGUCAGCUGCCCUGCCCGAGUCUGAUUGCUCCUUGUGGGUUAAGCUUAAUUCCUGGUAAAAUCCGGUUUUUUAUCUUCUGGGACGUUAGAAUGGUCGAGCCUUAGUUUCAUCAAUCCACAUUCUUUUCGACUCGUACGUACGAAUGACGUAAAAUGACUUAGAGAUUGGCUUCUUCCCAACGCACACGCCCCUUCCCUUUCUUCCUCCCUUGUCCCCUCUAGCCUCCUUGCUGUGUAUCGCCGUAGCCCUGUAUCACCCACCGCAAUCAUGUACCAGCGUAAUGACAACAGACGUUAUCACAACUCUGCCUCCCUUUGUCCCUGCGACGAUCCCAGAUAAUUGUCUAGAGCCAAGAUGAGCUUGCGGUGCACAUGCUAUCACCCGGCAAAGAGCUGCCUUACGACUUCGCAAUGUUGCCGGUGCGCGAUUACCGUGGAAAAGGCCAAUCGCUGUCUCCGGCGUCGUCUGGAAGCCGUCGGGCGACACGGCAUGCGGGUUCGCAGAGGGGCUGGCAACAAUAUUGGGGCUGCGCAAGGAAGUGGGGACGAGUAUCUGCACACAGGAUAUCGGCCGCUAUGGGCGAUAACGUCCGAGCAUGUGCGAGCGAUCGAGCGGGCACAGUUGAGAUUGAGAGCCUUUGGAAGGCGUGCCAGGG